GCUGUCGUGGGCGGAGCCGGGUAGAAUCUUUGAAGCUCACGAGCCUCACGCAGUCAGGCAGGAGAUCGAAAUGGCGGCGCCAGCAGAGAGAAUGGAGGUAAGGUCUUACAAUAGGAGACACAAUGAACAUCUUCUUUUUCUCUUUUCAGCCUGUAAACGCCUUUAUUACAUUCAUUUGAAACUCAAGUGAUAAUUUUAAACCGUCUGUACUGUUAGUUUGAUGUAAUUACGUCCUCAGCAGGUUGUGAUGCAUCCAUUUUAACUUUGCUGUAGUGGGAUGCCUCUGCCGCUCAUUCAUUUCUAACACAAACGGCACAGAUUUACCCUAAACUCUCCGACCGUUAACGUGUUUAGUCGUCUUCGUGAUGACCCUUUCUUUUCGGAGUUAUCACUUUUCAAGGUGAACGUAUCACAGACAGGUUGUGUUAGCUGGAGGGAAAAGGCGGCCGGCUGUAGGGACCGCAUGGGGACUAACGUGUUAGCAUGUUUAGCCCGUCAUGCUAACGUGGUGCUGCCUCAUCCUCCUCUGUUUCAGCUCCGUUAGCCCAAGUUAGCCGGUGAUGCUACCAUCAUGGUCACAUCUGGCCUCACCGUGGAUGGAUUUAUUAGCAGUAUAAAUAAACCAUCCCUUAGUUUUUUUGGUAUGAUUUAUAAAGGAUUAGCUGCUCAACACGUGGAGUCACACGGCUUUAAAGUGACUUAAUCUCACUCCUGUUUAGUUCUUGGUUUGGGACUUGAUGGGCCUUGAUAAACGUGGACCUGGCGUGGACAGGUGCGCACCCAAAGGGGUGGUCGUGGACGGGCAUGGACUCCCCAUAAAAUAUGAUGGCUCUCACUAAAAUCCGCACAUUUUAAAGGGAUAUUCCAGCAUAUAAUUAUUUAAGGGUCAAAUUCCCCUUAACACCAAGUUAACCCCCUCCAGAGAUGAAUUUUGCCGACCGCUUGCUUUUCUAGUUAUACCAACUUUAGUAAUGACCACAAAUAGCAAUACAGAGAGCCAUGCGCUCAACAAAAACGCCACUCUAUAGCCACAGAUAAUGCUCAGAACAGCACCUAACUACAUCAACAGUACAUAUAGGGUCCCAGCCAUAGUACUAGACACCAAACAUCUUUUUAACUUUGCCAAAUUUCUUUAGCAAAGAGACUAAACACAACUCACCUACUCUCUUACAGCAGCCACUCGUUGUGGGGGAGCCCUGAUUAGUGCAGCUGAGUUUCGCAGCUCAAGGAAGAUCAUUUUUAUCAAUUUUAUGCCUGAAUAUCCCUUUUAAGGCCAGUCUGCCUUGUCCAAAGUAGGGCUCUAGUCCAUAUCAGCUCUCUGGACUGUGUUCAUAUAGUUACUUUCCUUAACAUUGAAAUGUGGCACUUUGUUCCUGCUGUGUCACCCUUGUGUGCUCUCUCUCACAGGUGUGACAAGUUACACUUUAUUCUCAGCAUGCGAACUGUGGAGCGUGUGUUCAAUUUCUAGGCCACUUUGCGACCAGUUUAGGUGCACAUACACAAGAAAAAAUAGAUCCCCAACCACAUAAUCUAAAUAUUCUGGUCCAGAUUUUAGAUAUUCAACUAUGUGGAACAUGCUGGCAUUUUCCUUAGAGAGGAAACUCUGAAGAUCCUCCUGCUGUCAGGUCUUAAACUGGGGAUUAACGGUAACUUCUUUACGAGUCUGAAGGUGACUCUGUGAGGCCAGACUCACAUCACUUUGAGGUUUAACUACCAUGUGCCCCCACCUUUCGUGCUGCACCAACACUAACAGAUAUAAGAGUUCUGUUUAUUAGAGUAGGUCAGUUGAAAAUAUGCAGAGGAUUCCCUCCAUCCGCGUGGUAUAUCACAGCUGCUCAGGAUGUGAUGGCGACCUUUCUGCCCUCUGCAGUAUUUUCCAGCAGUGAAGAUUUCGUCUUCUGACUCUGACCAGUUUGAAAUGUUCUGGAUCCUGUCACGGGUUAUUUUUAGGGACACACAUGCUGUUUUGGAUUGCAGUGAUUAUAAGAAUUUCUUGGCUACCCUGUGCAGUUGUGGAGCUGUGAUAUCAGCGUGCAGUUCGAUGGUGGUUGUAGAGUUUCGAGCUAAAGGCGUGUGUUUGUCUUUGUUGAGGUUUCUCAGGGGGAGAGCUCAGCCAAGCCUGCAGCGGAGGACAUGACGUCAAAGGAUUACUACUUUGACUCAUACGCCCACUUUGGCAUCCAUGAGGUAAUAUAUCCAAACCUAAACUUCACCUCCAUUUUCAAACACAAAGUUUUACCCCUAUAUGUGUUAUUAACCCUUUGUUGUUGGGUUCUUGUUUCUGUAGGAGAUGCUCAAGGAUGAGGUCCGCACGCUGACGUACCGCAACUCCAUGUUCCACAACAAGCACCUCUUCAAAGAUAAGGUGGUGCUGGACGUGGGCAGCGGGACGGGGAUCCUCUGCAUGUUUGCUGCUAAAGCCGGAGCCAAGAAGGUUAUCGGGGUACGUCCCACGAGUCACAUGACCCAAAACACACCUGUAGGUAAAAGUCUUUUGUGGCGACAUGUUCUGAGAUUCUCUUCGUCUUUUGCAGAUCGAGUGCAGCAGCAUCUCAGACUACGCUGUGAAGAUCGUGAAGGCCAACAAGCUGGAUGAUGGUGAGUGAGCAGAUCUCGUCCUGUGGUUUAAAAUGUGGACGUCAGGAUGAGUGAGUGGAGUCUGAGACCUCCUUGUUUGUGUCCCCAGUUGUGACCAUCAUUAAGGGGAAGGUGGAGGAGGUGGAGCUGCCUGUGGAGGGAGUAGACAUCAUCAUCUCGGAGUGGAUGGGUUACUGCCUGUUUUACGAGUCCAUGCUCAACACAGUCAUCUACGCCAGGGACAAGUGGCUGGUAUGUCUGACUCUGAGAAAUCUGUGAAAAUGAGUGUCAAGAAGGAAACUUAAGGAUGUGUUUAAUAACUUCAUGAAUCUGGUCCCACUAACAGAAACCAGACGGACUCAUCUUCCCAGACAGGGCGACUCUGUACGUCACUGCCAUCGAGGACAGGCAGUACAAGGACUACAAAAUCCACUGUGAGUAACCAGCCACAGUUUAUUAUCGACCACUAGAGGCUCCUAAUGAACAUUACAUCGAUGAAAAGUUACUUUAGUUUAGUCCUUCAGUCCAAACUCGUCUAUAAAGCAGCUUUAAAGUGUUUUUUAAUGGACUUCCACAACCAGAGCAGAAAAAAUCCUUGAUAAAUUCAGGUCUGAGUGGGUCAUAUAUAACGAACGAAACCGUACAACAAAAAUUCUGGAACUUUUCUGUGUCUGUAAUCCGCUUUAAUCCUAUUAGAGUAUCACCUUGUUACCCACGUGUGCUUCGAUUCUUGUAUUUGAAACUUUUCUACCAAACUCGACCCGGAGUCCCUAAUCCUGCUCCGGAAACCCGUGUGUGUGUGUUUUUCUACCAAACUUUACCAGGUCUGUGGUUUCAGGUCCCAGCCCGGUAAUGUUCCCACACUCUGUACUUACUCAGGUGUUCGUUCAGGUCCUGUUUGCCUUUAAACACUGAGUCACUGUGACCUCUCGCAGCAGUCUCUGCUAAUCCGGGGUGAUUACGGCAGAUUGCUCUCCAAGUCCUCCACGACUUUGUGCCAGGACUCUCUCCUCCUGGCAGAAAGUCCCAAAGGUAAACUUUGUGGCACCUGUCAGUCGUAGUAAACCAGGAUCAGGCGGUUCUCUCUGGGACUGUCUGUGUGGACCUCGCAUGUCUGUCCCGUUUUGGUGUGUGUGGACUCCUGUGGUCCUAAUCCAUGAAACAGCAGCUGUGAGUGUGUUAAUCUGAGCUGCCAGCCGGGCUCAGGACUGUCUGGCACACUUUCUCUAGUCCACAUGUGUUCUGACUGUCCUCUGUGUGUGUUUCAGGGUGGGAGAACGUGUACGGGUUCGACAUGUCAUGCAUCAAGGAGGUGGCGAUAAAGGAGCCCCUGGUGGACGUGGUUGACCCCAAACAGCUGGUCAGCAGCGCCUGUCUCAUCAAGGUGGGUGCAGAUGAUCGAUUCCCUGUUUCUGUGCGAGCGUCUUCUCCGUUCUUUGUGUUUUGAACCGGCGCCUCUGCGUUUCAGGAAGUGGAUAUCUACACGGUGAAGGCGGACGACCUCACCUUCACCUCGCCGUUCUGCCUGCAGGUGAAGAGGAACGACUACAUCCACGCUCUGGUCACGUACUUCAACAUCGAGUUCACCCGCUGCCACAAGAGGACCGGAUUCUCCACCAGUCAGUGAACGCACCGUCACACCCAACACACACACUCACCUGUUCAUAACUCCUCAACCUGUCAGACACGCAGUGAAACAAAAACACGAGGAAAUGAUGUGACCAGCAGUCCUCACCCUCUACUUUUGAAUGUGGACCUACUCAAACGAACGUAACACGAGUCUGUGAGCCGCCUGAGCUCUGACUCUGCCCAGGUUCUCACUGUAGCCUCAUAUACCUGCUUAUUUAACAAUGGACCACAGUGAACUGCUAUAGUACUUUGAAUUAGUUGAAUUAGAGAUGGCAAAGUUCUAUCUGUUAUUUCUGCACAUAAUUAACUUUCAUUCGUUUCUCUAUAGAAUUGUCCUCAAACAGUUUCAGCUCCUCUGGUGUCUCAGAAGCUCUUCUCUUACAGCGUCUGUUUUGUGUCUCCGUCAGGUCCAGAGUCUCCGUACACUCACUGGAAGCAGACGGUCUUCUACCUUGACGAUUACCUGACUGUGAAGACCGGAGAGGAGAUCUUUGGCACCAUCAGCAUGAAGCCAAACGUCAAGAACAAUGUGAGAUGAUUUCUUGUAAUGCUUUUAAGAGAACCAGCAAACGUUUAUUCUGAUAUUUUUAGUCGUGUCAGAUUUUUAUUUGUGCUUCUGAAAUCUAAAGCUCCUCAUUGUCAGGUUAGAACAUGCACAGACAAAGCACCAUGACACUGAUCCAGUUAAAGCUCCUGAGAAGAACCUAUAAGGGUUGAAUAUUGUUCCUUUUGCAGUAAAAGAAGGACUCAGAUUUAGAGAACAACAGGUUCAGGGACAGGAGCCUUGUCCUGUUUUUAUAAAGUGGAGCUGAACAGACAAAUGCAAAUAUUUCACCCGUGAGGCAUGUAUUUGGUUACUUCACGGGUGCAAUUGAUCCCUAAUUCAGGGUUCGAUUGAACACCUGGAGCCCACAGUUACGUAAAAACAGGAUAGUUCAUAAUCAGGGGAUGAGGUCAUGUUUCGCACCCAGCAUAAAAACUUCAUUUUUGUCUGUUCAGCCUCAUUUUUAAGCAUCUUGAUGAGUUGUGGGAUAUUUACUUAAAGUGCAGCUCAGCAGCUGUCAACCUGCAGAGUUUGUCAAACCUGAUUCAAAUUAAUCUUCAGUAAAAUGUUUUUUAAAAAAAAAAGGGAAUUUGGGGAAAAAAGUUUCACUGGGGUCAAAGAGUUUAUCCUUGUGCUGAACGGCGUCUCCAUGUGUGUCCACAGAGAGACCUGGACUUCACCGUGGACAUUGACUUCAAGGGUCAGCUGUGUGAGAUGUCCAAGACGUCAGAGUACCGGAUGCGUUAGUUCCCCGCCCCCCCGGUCUGGCGCCCCUCUGCAGCAACAUUUUAAAGACUCUUUUUCUUUUUUUGUCAUUUUCUCGUUCAAACAGUAUUUAAAGGUUUUCUCACCCUCGGGGUCAAAGUGCGUUGCCGUGGUGAUUCAUUGUGCCGUAGCCGCUCAGCAGAGUGUGUGCCUGCUGUUUGAGUCUUCUUCUUCUUCUUGGGUUUGUUUUGUUGGUUCUCGUCCUCUGCAUGUGUCAGACCCACGUAGACAUAAACACAGCGGCCCUGUUCACACGCCUGCAGAGUGUUACCGUUCACUCACUGUGCGCCCUCGUCCCCCGUAACGCGUCACGCGGUCUGCUCUCAUGUCCCAUCCGUUAAAGCUGUAGGUGUGAGUCUUCAGAGAUUCAUGUUUUUCUUAAGAUCCUGCGUCCUCCACAUACGUACAGUUCAUAGGAACGCGUGACGUCGACCUGUUCGGACCAGAACCAGCCAAGCGUUGGUGUGUAUGUUGUGUAGAUAUGUGUAAAGAUAUCACAGCGGCUUAUUUCCUGAGUUACAGGACAGACAGAGAAACGUGACGCACCGGGAACUUCGUCUUCUUUAAGCCCCGCCCCUUUAAGUGACAGUGUAGGUUUAAUUUGUACCUCUUACUGCCGCUCAAACUAACAUUUGAAGAGAAACCGCGACAGUAUAGAGACUAACGAGAGCAGGAGUUUAUUUUCAGAGAAUUCAGAGUUAGUGAUUUUACUGAAUUUAUCCAUUUGUUUGUUUUUUUACGAACUUAAUUGUAGUAAAAAAGGUGCAUGCACUGUGUCCUGAAACUGCACACCGAUCCGACACCUGAAACAAAACAUCUUUUCACUGUAAAACAAGACACACAUUUUAAACCUGCAGCCAGUUACACUCGAUGAACUGCUUUUUCCGGAGAUUUUACACUUUUUUCGGGACACAGUGCCGCAGAGAGUCCGCACAUGCUCUGUUCAUCUUAGAGGUGUUUUUGUGUUGUGUGUGUGUGUGUGUGACGCCACGGCUGCACAAACUAUCCCUCCAUAUCAGACUGUGAUCUAGCCACCUCCUCCAGUUAGUGCUGGACCUUUAGAAAAGAUUGAUUUCAGGGGGGCGGGGACCAGGUCUAGAGUUUUGGUUCCAGUCGACUCCUCCCCCCUGUGUGCGUGCGUAUGUGUUAAAAGUGUACAGAUGCAGUGUGUGUCUGUGUCUGAACAGUUGUAACCGUGUUGGUCCCUCUGCAGAGUCAGCUCCGUCUCACCACAUUUUGAUUAUUUUUCUCUUUUGUAUUUUGUUUGCCGCUGCUGCAUUUAUUUUUCUUUUUUUAAAAUAAAACUAAUAAACUGUAAAUUGAACUUU